CAUAAGGGCCACGUUGUGAACACCUGCUGCGGGGACCAGCCUGCCGCUUCCCACCCCUCCCCGCACCCAAGCGAGACCUCAAGUUGACCUUCCACCCCGAAACUUUCCUCAGCCAGCGCAGCCACCGGCCGCCCAGUACGCAGGCGCGAGAAGGCGGGGCCCAACUCACGGCAGCCCCGCCUUCCGGGCGUGUAGACGUCACUGGACCGCGCCGCGCAAUAUCUGACGUGCCUGCGGCCCGCCUUCCGGAAGGAAACCCUGGCGGCUAACUAUGGCGACGGUGGCGGAGCAGUGGGUGCUGGUGGAGAUGGUCCAGGCGCUCUACGAGGCUCCUGCUUAUCAUCUUAUUUUGGAAGGAAUUUUAAUACUCUGGAUAAUCAGACUUCUUUUCUCUAAAACUUACAAGUUACAAGAACGAUCUGAUGUUACAGUCAAGGAAAAGGAAGAAUUGAUUGAAGAGUGGCAACCAGAACCUCUUGUUCCUCCUGUCUCAAAAGACCAUCCUGCUCUCAACUACAACAUCGUUUCAGGCCCUCCAAGCCAUAACAUUGUGGUGAAUGGAAAAGAAUGUAUAAACUUUGCCUCAUUCAAUUUUCUUGGACUGUUGGAUAACCCUAGGCUCAAGGCGGCAGCUUUGGCAUCUCUAAAGAAGUGUGGUGUGGGAACUUGUGGACCUAGAGGAUUUUAGGGCACAUUUGAUGUGCACUUGGAUUUGGAAGACCGCCUGGCAAAAUUUAUGAAGACAGAAGAAGCCAUUAUAUACUCAUAUGGAUUUGCCACCAUAGCCAGUGCUAUUCCUGCUUACUCUAAGAGAGGGGACAUUGUGUUUGUAAUCCUCGCAAGGCUCGUGUAACUCGACGUUUCAUUGUAGUCGAGGGGUUAUAUAUGAAUACUGGAACUAUUUGCCCUCUUCCAGAAUUGGUUAAGUUAAAAUACAGAUAUAAAGCAAGGAUCUUUCUGGAGGAAAGCCUUUCGUUUGGAGUCCUGGGGGAGCACGGCCGAGGAGUCACUGAACAUUUUGGAAUCGAUGAAGUGGAGAAAAGUUCACCGGCAGAACCCAGGGAAGAUCUGGGCUGAUUCCAGGCUGGCGUUGGGUUAAGCUGCAGUGCCUGAUUCAGGGGCAACCGCACUGGGCAACCGUCCAUCUGAGAGAUGAAAAUCCCUCAACUGCUGCUGGGGUGAGUCUCCUUGGUGGCCCAGAUGCAUUUCAGGGCCCAGCGCUCACUCCUGGCAGAAGCACUGCCCUGCAGUGGGCCCUGGAGCUGCCUCCAGUUCAGACACGGCCAGCUCACUCAGGGAUCACUCAGGGGCCAUUCAGGGCUCCCCCAUUUGGCUCGAUGAACCUUCAAGAGAAGGUAGGCCACUAGAAUCAUUUUCUACAUUCCAAAUAUUUAUCUGAUAUGAUCUUUGAACCCUUUAUAAAGAUAUUCUCUACAGGUGCAUAGUAGUAGUAUUAAAGAUCAUCAAUUAAGAGAAGACAUUUUAAUUAGAAACUAAUAUAGUCAUUGGAAAGAAUGUUUAUAUUUUGCUCAUUAUAGGGAACAGAGAUAGAGUUUGCUAAGGACCAAGGACUCCUGGCCCUGGGUCCUCUCAGUGGCUUCAGAACCAGGAUGGCCUCUGCCACAGUGUUUCCCAGAGCUGCUCCCAUCCAUCGACUCCUCCUAUUCAGAGAAGCGGAGAAAACCUGUCUAUAACAGGUCUCCUAAAAGACAGUGAGGGGUCACGGGGUCCCAGCUCAUGCAACUAACUUAUUCCUGCCUCUCUGUACCUUGAUGGGUAAUGGCCGGACCACAGGAAGUAUUUGCAACUCCUAGAAAAGAAGGGGAUUACAAAUUAACACAAUGUAAAUAUAAUAAAGUAAAAUGUUAUCCUAAAACAGA